AUGGACGGCGAUCCAGCCGUUGAACCAGAACUCGAUGGCUUCAGCCGCGUGCUGCCAUUGCCAUACCGCGUGGCCCUGAUCAUCGUGCUAGGUAUCUGGGCAUGGGGUCUCAACCUGCACUACCUCUCUCUGAUCCGCAUCGACGUCCCCUCGCUCAUUCGCUAUCCUUCGCGCUCUUCGCCGCACCACCUCCCACACCACCUCUCCUGCUACCGCAUUGCGACCUUCCUCUCCAUCCCGCUCGCCUUCUCCCUUCUUCUGUUCUGGACCCUCACGAACGGCAGCCCAGCAGACAUCGCAGCAUGGGACAUCCUCCCGAACCUAUACCUCCUCGUGCUGGUAGUGGGCUUCAUUGCACCGCUCCCCUUCGUCUCGCGCGCAGGACGUAGCCGUACACUUGCGACCCUGAAACGAAUAAGCAUCGGCGGGAUCGCAGAAGCCGCCGACGGCAAAUUUGGCGACAUCCUGCUCGCUGAUGCACUCACAUCCUAUGCCAAAGUCCUGGGCGACCUCUUUGUGUCGCUCUGCAUGUUCUUCUCCUCCUCGCACAGCAGCACCGGCCCUCCGAACCGAAGUUGCGGCGGUGCCUUCUGGGUACCCUUCAUCAUCAGCAUUCCUUCGCUGAUUCGCCUGCGACAAUGCAUAACAGAGUACUUUCGCGUCCAGCGCGCAAACGCACAGACGGGUCAACCCUCCAAAGCAACAGGGUGGGGUGGGGUGCACCUCGCCAACGCGCUGAAAUACAGCACCGCAUUCCCAGUCAUCAUACUCAGCGCCCUGCAGCGCACGCCAGCGCCAGAGAAAUACGGGGUCAGUGAGGCAACGCUUUUUAGAAUGUGGAUGGUGGCCGUGGUGAUGAAUUCUGGCUACAGUUUUUACUGGGACAUUGCCCGCGAUUGGGACCUCACGCUGUUCUCGCCGGUGCGCAACAACCCCGAACACCCCUACGGAUUGCGACGGCACCGGUAUUUCCACGCCAAGGAAUUCUACUACGCCGCGAUCGUCAUAGACGCUCUGCUAAGGUGCACGUGGAGUCUCAAGCUCUCGCCCCAUCUAGACCAUUUUAAUGAUCUCGAGGGUGGGAUAUUUACCAUGGAAGUGCUCGAGGUGUUGAGGCGAUGGGUAUGGAUCUUCUUCAGAGUUGAAACAGAGUGGGGUGAGUACAACUACAUCUACUAUGCUUUCAAAGAGCAGGUCCUUGAGUGUGAGAAUGCUAAUGAGCGACAGUGCGUACCCACCGUGGUCCAGCUCCAGAUGAUAUCCUGCUCGGCGAUGUAAACUCGAAUCGAUACGAUGACAGUGAAACAGAUCGCUCAGAUUAG